AUGGAGUCGCGGAUGGAUCACUACGAGAUCAUGGAGCAGAUCGGUCGCGGAGCGUUUGGCGCCGCGAUUCUGGUGAACAAUAAAGCGGAGAAGAAGAAGUGCGCGCCGUUUUUCGUCUUGAUUUUGCGUUUGACUGAGUACGUGUUGAAGAAAAUAAGGCUCGCGCGGCAGACUGAACGAUGCCGAAGAUCUGCUCAUCAGGAGAUGGCGCUUAUUGCUCGAAUUCAGCACCCUUACAUUGUUGAAUUCAAAGAGGCCUGGGUUGAGAAGGGUUGCUAUGUUUGCAUUGUUACUGGAUAUUGUGAAGGUGGAGACAUGGCUGCAUUGAUGAAAAAGUCAAAUGGGGUUUACUUUCCUGAGGAGUUGGAUGUUUUUGGCAUUGCUAAGAAACUCUGCAAGUGGUUUACUCAACUACUCUUGGCAGUGGAAUACCUGCAUUCAAAUUUUGUUUUACAUCGCGACCUAAAGUGUUCCAAUAUUUUUCUUACCAAGGAUCAAGAUGUUCGCCUUGGGAUAGACUAUGAUGUUUUCAUCCUGAAAUUUGUCUGCAAUCCUGACAAUCAUAUAGGGGAUUUUGGGCUUGCUAAGACACUAAAAGCGGAUGAUUUGGCUUCUUCGGUGGUAGGAACUCCCAACUAUAUGUGUCCUGAACUGCUUGCAGAUAUUCCUUAUGGAUUCAAAUCUGACAUUUGGUCACUAGGGUGUUGUAUAUAUGAGAUGGCUGCUCAUCGCCCAGCUUUUAAAGCUUUUGAUAUGGCAGGGUUGAUAAGCAAGAUAAACCGUUCUUCUAUUGGCCCUCUGCCUCCCUGUUAUUCUCCAUCGUUGAAAACACUGAUAAAGGGCAUGCUGAGGAAAAAUCCUGAGCAUCGUCCAACGGCAUCUGAAGUCUUAAAGCACCCUUAUUUGUUACCUUAUGUUGAUCAAUAUCGUUCAUCUUUCUGUUCUCCAACAGCCAGUUCUCCUGAAAAGCCAAUUUCUGCUGUUCAUUAUCCUCGAAAAAAUAAGCCAGAAGGUCAAAACAGUAGUUGUUCAAGUACCGAUAAAGAUAGUUUGAUGUCAAAUGUGAAAAACACUGAAAAUGCAGUCCAGAAGUGUGGUAACAAAAGUACUGAAAUAGACAUGACAUCAAUUGAGGAUGAUGGCUCUGAGCAACUCCAGCCUGAUGAAGAAGGAAAUGGCUCCAUCAAAGUCAACGCCAAAACUGUUGAUCAAGAGGUGACAAAGCAAUCUAAUAAUGAACACCAUUCUAAUGUUGUAUCUAAGCAACCAAAAGCAAUUAAGAAUGUAGUGACAACAUUAAAAAACGGAAAACUUAGAGAGACAAGUUCACCCAUAAGAGGCAAUCGCAUAAAGGGUGGUGGUGUGUUGACACAUAAAAUAAAUACAGAGACAUUGUCCAAAUUGCCCAAACUCAAUUUUGGUGCUUGUGAUUUGAAUCCGAAUUUGGAGGUGCCAACUAUUGCACCUUCAAAAGCGACUCCUGAUUCUGCUAAAAGAAUGCAAGGAUCACAUACAUCAAAGCAUCAGUUACCGAUGAUUGAAUCGACACCAAAAACUAAACCUCGACAUAAUGUGAUUCCACCACUGGGUCCUGUCAAACAGGUAGAAGGACGUGAAGUUCCUGCUAAGCCAAGGCAAACUCCUCCAAGCUUACUUAAACCACCUUCUUUUCCAGGACAUGUGAGGCAGGCUGGGUUUGAUGUUCCAAAUGCAGCAAAUAAUACUGGAAUGUCAAGUCCAAACAAAAUGGUUCGGGAGCCUAAGAUGAGCCAUCACCAGUUGACCAAGAGUCAGCUACCACAUGUUUCUAGAGAGAUUACUCGAGAGCCUUUAAAGACUUUUGAAAGCAGUUCCAAAGAAAUGCAAACAGACAGUAGCAAUUCUGUCUCAUCUUCUUUUUCUAUUCAAGGAUUUGAACUUUCUGAUUUUGCAACCACUUUUAUUGACUUAGGCGACACAACACUUCCUGAUCAAGAGAGUUUAAACCACGCUGAAAAUGUGGAAUCACGAGCAGAUAGCAGUUCACCUGCAUCUUAUUCGCAUUUUGAGAUGUCUGAACAAUUGUCCGAGGAAACCUCUGUCAUUACACCACAUUUUCAGAAGAUAAUGACUAGUGCUGAGAAAGUAUGUCCCAGUUUAUCUCUAGAUCAUUCAGUUCAUGAUACUGAGGUAAUGUUUGCUUCUGAUGAUAGUUUUCCCACAAAUCAGAGGACUACAUUUGGUGUCUCCAGGUGUGAAAAUACAUCUGUUGAUAGCUCUGCUGAAAUCACAGAAAAUAUCAAAGAUGUUGAAGAUAUUUCUAUGGAGAUGUCUUCAUCCAAGUCUCUCCAACAGCCACUCCCCGUUUCUGGAGAAAAGUCUGUUUGUCAAGAAUUUGGUCCAGCAAGCAAGCCAAAUAAUAGGCUUGAUAAAGUCAGCCAUCCAAAACUUAUGUGCAUCUCCAGUGGUGAUGACAAAUUUAUGGUGAGGGAAAGAGUGUCAUCAGCGGAAGAAACUGCUCCUUUGAUUAUCUCUACCAAAAUUUCAAGCCAGAAAGUUUUGCAAGAGGAGAAAGGAACAAUUUCAGCACCAGAAAGGCCAGCUGUUGGCCAUCUUCCUCCAGCUUUUGAUGAUGUCAUUCAUGUCAUACGCCAUAGCAGUUACCGUGUGGGGAGUGAGCAGCCAGUGAAGGAAUCCGUGGAAAUGGGUGUUCAAAAUGUAGAUGUCGGUAAGUUUAUCAACAUUGUAAGGGAUGAUAUAGAAAUGAGAAAUGUGAGCACUCCUUUGACCCUAAAACCUUCUAAUUGUUCUGAAGCUAUUGGCUUGAAGACAAAUAUUUCUGAAAAUAUGGAAAUCAGAAACUUGAAUAGUCCUCCUAACUUAAAAUCUUCAAGUUGCACUGACUCGUUAAGCAUGAAAUCAAGUUAUACUGAUCAUCCUGGUGUUAAGGAACAAGAUGUGAAAAAUCCUGAUUCUAUUGUUUCAAAAUCUAAUUCCCUUGAGUAUUCCAGAUUCACUCCUACAGCUGAAGAGGAACCACCAGCAAAGGAAAUUUUGGAUGUUAAAUCUUCCAGGCAGAGAGCUGAAGCACUUGAAGGACUGUUAGAAUUAUCUGCAGAUUUGCUGCAGCAAAAUAGAUUGGAAGAACUUGCAGUUGUUCUGAAGCCCUUUGGAAAAGAUAAGGUCUCCCCAAGGGAGACAGCCAUUUGGUUAGCUAAGAGUUUAAAAGGACUGAUGAUCGACGAAAGUGGAGGACGCAGUUAA